UUAGUUCCUCUGUAAACUCUACUUCAUCUGGAAAAAAAAGAAAAACUACCAUUCCUAAAUCACCAGUACGAACAUCUCAAAAUAUUAAACAAAAGCAAAAGUCAAGUAUCUCUAAUCAAAAUAUAAAUGAAAGUUUCUUGUCUGCA